AAAACUUUAAAUGUAAGCUCGACUCAACUCGAAAACUCGUGAGCCUAAAAUCUUUAAGCUUGACUAGAACUCGAAAGAUACUAUUAAAACUUGACUCGAACUCGAAAAGGCUCGGAUUAAAAAAAAAUUCAAAAGCUCGAUUGAAGCUCAGAACUCAAGCUCGAUUGAAGCUUGAUUUAGAGACCGAUUCAAGCUUGAUUCAAGCUCGAUUUGGAGCUCGAUUUGGAGCUCGAUUCAAGCUCGACGGGUUAAUGUUGAUUUGCUGAAAACCUAUCCCAUUUUAUACACUCACUUUACCCCUUAUUCCCCAAGAACCACCGAUGUGGGAUAUCAACUCACAACCAACUUUUUGCUUCAAGUCUCCGAUCAGACCUCUCUUCAGUCGCACCUCCCUCCGCUUCAUGUCAACAGCUGCCGCAGAGAAAGAGAAAGCUCUUGCUAACUGGGUACAUCAGUUGAAUGCUCCACUCGAGGAAAUCGAUCCUGAAAUUGCUAACAUAAUCGAACUCGAGAAAGCUUGGCAAUGGAAGAUGUUUACUUUCUAGGCAGCAUAUAGCUUAUCAUGUAUCUGUUUCAUUAUUGUAGUCAAUGUUCAGUCACUUUUUUAUCUCCUGCUAACUUUCAAGUUUAUACUGCAUUGUUGAAACCUCAUGAAUGGAUUAUGGCACUAGAUUUACCCCAUGGUGGACAUCUUUCACACGGUUAUUAGGUGCUUAUCAUUUCCAUUAACUAAAAGCUUUUCUGGUGAAUUUGAUUACAUUUUUGUCUUCUCUUGUUAAUUCUAAUUGUAUUUUUUCUGCAUUUAUUUUCUAAAGAACUAACGUAUCAGGAGGCAACAUUACUUUAAGGCUAUUCAACUAGUGCUAUUGUGUUUGAAAUUCAAAUUUUAAAUUCUUUUUUGCAUUAUAAAGAAGAUAUCUUCUGUGUCCAUAUUCUUUGAGACAAUGCCAUAUAGAUUGGAUGAGAGUACAUGUUACAUUGACUAUGAUCAGGUAGCUCCUCUUUCAUUAUGUUUUAUGUAUCUACACUUGCGUAACUGUAUAUUGUACAAAACCAGGGAUGCACCUUUUGAUCAAUGUUUUGUUUACUUUCCACAAUCCUUUCAAGAUUCACAGCUGGAACUUGUGUGGAAUAUUUGAUAUGUGCUGCAUCUUUUAAGCAUAAUUUGACAUACAAAAGAGAAAUCUAUAUCUUUAUAGUUAGAUUUUCAAUUGAGCGGUUUGAAUUUUCAGAUGUAUGGAACUUGCUUGCAUCUUAAAUCAAAUUCGAUCCAGCUGUCAAAUUAGCCUUAAAAAUCA